AUGGCUCUGACAUUGCAGCUCUUGAUCCUGGCCCUGCUUCCUGUGGCCUUUUUCCUGCCCCCUGGCUCUCAGGCAGGUGAGAUCAUUGGAGGAAAAAAUGCCAAGCCCCACUCCAGACCCUACAUGGCCUAUCUGCAAAUACAAGACGGACGGUAUAUAAAAACGUGUGGUGGGUUCCUGGUGGCGGAGAACUUCGUGCUGACAGCCGCUCACUGCAAUGGAGACAAGAUCACUGUCAAGCUGGGAGCCCAUAAUAUUAGUAAACAGGAACGGAGCCAACAAGAGAUCACCGUGCGUCGUCAGAUCCUCCACCCACAAUAUGACACUGAGACCACUAACAAUGACAUCAUGCUGUUGCAGCUGGCAGAGACAGUGAAGCUGAAUAAAUGGGUGAAAACCAUCCCCCUGCCACGCACCGACAAGAGAGUGAAGCCAGGGACCAAAUGCAGUGUCGCCGGCUGGGGCCGCACCAGCAGACAGAGUAAAUCUGCCCCAACCACCACACUCAAGGAGGCGAAUUUGAAGGUGCUGGAGGAUGAUGUGUGUCUGAAAAAUCCUGAUGUGACCUACUGGGACUAUGAUGCUUCCACCAUGAUGUGUGUGGCGGAUCUGAAGAAGGGCAAAGCCUCUUUUAAGGGCGACUCUGGAGGCCCCCUGGUGUGUGGGAAAAGAGCCCAGGGCAUCGUUUCCUGGGGAUCCCAAAAGAGCGCCUCCCCUGGAGUGUACACAAGAGUCUCCACCUUCAUCCCCUGGAUAGAGGAGAUGAUGAGGAUGCUGGAGCCCUGA